AUGGCGAAGGCAGUGACGAUUCAGACCUCGAUCGGCGAUGUCACCUUGGAGCUGUACUGGAACCACGCGCCGAAGGCGUGCCACAACUUCUACGAGCUUGCCAAGCGUGGCUACUACGACAAUACCAUCUUCCACCGCAUAAUCAAAGAUUUUAUGUGCCAAGGAGGAGAUCCCACCGGCACAGGAAGGGGCGGCGAGUCCAUCUAUGGGGGCAAGUUCGAGGAGGAGAUCACGAGGGAGUUGAAACACACCGGAGCCGGCAUUCUGUCGAUGGCCAACUCUGGGAAGAACACCAACGGAAGCCAGUUUUUCAUCACUUUGGCUCCGUGUCCGUGGCUCGAUGGUAAGCACACAAUCUUCGGCCGCGUGCUGAACGGCAUGCAGGUCGUGAAACGAAUGGGAAAUGUGGCAACGGAUUCAAGCGACAGGCCUCUGGAGCCGCUGAGGAUCUCAAAAGCGCACGCACACGAAGGCGAGUUCAAGCCUCCUGCCCAAACCAAUGUCAACAGCAUGGUAUUGUUCCAGUAA